AUGGCACACCUUCAGGAUCUAACGACAGAGCCCUCGAAACCAGACACUGUUGAGGACACAGUCACUCAGGUGGUGUUAACUGCCUCCGCGAGUGACCAUCAUGCACGAGACUGGCGUUUCUGGAUGAUAUUCGUAUGUGUCACGUUCGCGCAGUUCCUUACAGCCUUAGAGUUGGCUUCCGUGACAACUGCUCUUCCGAGUAUCGUUGAUGCCUUGCACGGUGAACAGUUCGUAUGGGUCGGCUCUGCAUACACUAUUGCCAUAACUGCAUUCUCCCCUCUUAGCGGAAACUCUGCUCAGAUAUUCGGUCGCAGGGCCACCAUGCUCGUAUCGCUUGUGGUUUUUAUCGUUGGCAGCGCGCUCUGCGGUGCAGCAACAUCAAUGAACUUCCUCAUCGCUGGAAGAGCUGCACAAAGAGUCGGGUCAGGGGGGAUACAAGUGAUGUGUCAAAUCAUUGUGUCAGAUAUGAUUCCAUUGAGGGAAAGAGGCGUGUUUAAUGGCUUCAUGGCUAUGAGCUUUAUUGUUGCGAGUAUCAUUGGGCCCGUAGUAGGAGGAUCACUUGCUCAGCAUGGCCAGUGGAGAUGGCUAUUUUACCUUAAUAUUCCAAUCUGUGGCGUGGUCGCACUCGUGGUACUGCUAUUCCUUAGGCUUCGCACUCCUCCGGGCGCUCUUAGUGAAAAGCUGCAGAUGGUAGACUGGAUAGGGAAUCUACUUGUCAUCGCCGCGACUACAUCAGCCACGAUCGGUUUGACCUGGGGCGGAGUACAGUAUCCAUGGUCAUCGGCACGUAUCCUCGUGCCUCUCAUUCUUGGUCUGUGCGGUCUCGUUGCCUUCUUGGUGUUCGAAGCAUUUAUUCCCAAACAUGCGAUCAUUCCGUACGCUGUCCUGCGGCAUCGAACUUCUGCAAGUGGUUAUCUGCAGAUCAUCUCCCUCUACAUUGCUAUAAUGAGCCUAUUGUACUAUGUGCCCAUAUAUUUUCAAGCAUGCAAGGAUGCCUCACCAAUCACCUCCGGUGUUGACAUCUUUGGCUUGGCAUUCAGCAUUGCACCGAUGGAAUUACUCGCGGGCUUUUCUGUAGCUAAGACUCACCACUAUCGACCCCAAAUCUGGACAUCAUGGGUGCUGGUCAUCAUCGGCAUAGGGCUCUUCAGCACAAUUCAUGUGGACACCCCGCUCUCCCAUGUAAUCGGUUUUGAGAUCAUCGCCGGAGCUGGCGUAGGCAUGAUGUCCGCUCUUGCAUUCUUCCCCAUGCUUGCGCCGCUGCCCGUGGAGUUGAACGCUCAGGCGCUCGCGAUGUACAUGUUCAUCCGCAACUUCGCCAAUAUUCUUGGUGUUACGAUUAGUGGGACGGUGUUACAGAAUGAGCUCACGAAGCACCUCCCCAGCGCGCUCGCGCAGCAAUUCCCUCAGGGUUCGGCGAUUGCAUACUCCAUAAUCCCGCUCAUCAAAACGUUGCAAGAACCGCUUAAGAGCGAGGUGCAGCUCGCGUUCACAGCAAGUCUGCAGGAUGUCUGGCAGGUGUUAAUCGGCAUCACUGGCUUCGGGUUUCUGUGUAGUCUGCUGAUGGAGCACUUGCCUUUGCAUACGGGUGUGGACGAGAAAUGGGGCCUUGAGGACAGGGAUAAUGCACGACAACAGUCCCACGAAAUGGAGAACAGGAUAGGAGCAUCGCCGGAGGAUUGUAACUCUCUUUGCAAUCGAAGUAGGCAGGCAUUCCAUUAG